UUGAACCAGGUUUAUCGUCAAAUAUUAGCUCUCAGCAACUGCAAGUAUGUUGUGUGAAGCGUGGUCAUAUUUCCUGUAUUUAUAUAGUUUGUUGUAUCAGGCCAUUGUUCCUUGCGCAUUUGUUGAGCAGUUGCCUGUCAACAUUGUUGAACAUCAGCAGUACCUUGGGAAGUGGUACUUUAAAGCAGCAGUCAGUCGCAAAGAGGCUGACAUCCAGAACUUCAGAGCACUGGACAACAUUUGGUUCACCAUGGAGAAGACAGCCAAUGACACCCUGCUGCUGACUGGAAAUAUGCGCAUAGGAGAUCACUGCACCAAAAAGACCUGGAUCUAUCAUAUACAUCCUGAGAGGGAGGAUUUGGAAUUGGAGGGAAGGACACAUCGGAGGAACCUCCUCUGGACUGGCAAGUGGGCCAACUGCCCUGAGUGCAUAAUUUUCCAAGAAGUAGAACCACCUCUGAGCCAGACAGACACAGAGGACUCCCUAAAUAGAUUCAUGCUAUAUGCUCGUCAGACUGAUGUCGACCCUGCGGUGGUGACAACAUUUUUAAAAAACGCAGCCUGUCAUAGCAUGUUGGCAAGUGUCAGACUACCCCAAGAGAAAGAGUUUUGCACCUAAAUAUUAACAUUGGAGGAUGUUGCUGGAGCCAUGGACGUCCUGGAUAACCAUACAAUUAUUUCAUGGUUAUCCUCUGUAACAGUGAAAAUAAAAUAUUUCUU